UAUGUUGUUAUAUCUCCUGAGGGGAACUGGGCCAUUGUGGUCCCUUUACAGUACCCAUGGGAGCCCACCAGCUUUAUAAAGCACAACUACUCCAGGGCAGCUGGCCUCAGAUCCAUAGUCCAGGUAAAAGUGGGCCUGUCUUGGCAUGAGCAUGGAAGUUAGCCAUGGGUUGAGAGGAAAAUAAGCCGAGACUCUUACAAGACGCCUCAUAAGACUCCAGGAACACACAUUCAGUGGGGUUAUGAACUCAGGACUUGUAUCCGGGCUGGGAUGGUUUUAGUUUUUGUUUAGUUUAUAUUUUAAGUCUGAUAACGAUUCUUGUGUAUUUUCUAAAUACAUAGACAAACAGGUUUUGGAGGUUUACCUACGUGUUUAAGGACACUUAUAUUAGGUAGGUAAAUUACAUUUUAAAAAAUGGUCUUUGUAAAAGAUCUUCCCAGAGAAUUUUCACACCCAGCAGGCAGAAGAAAGUAUUCUGUUUACAGUGUUUAAGAUGUGAUUCUCCUAUAUCAUAAAGGCCCCAAUAAUCCCUUUCUUAAGCUCCAAAUUUUGUUCUCAAUAGUUAGUGUAUUCCAAAUUUAGUGUCCAGUGUUCUAAAAUUCAGGGCUAGAAAACAUCUUUCAAAGUGUGCUUAUUCCUAACAUGUUUUAAACUACUUAGUUCAACUUCACCUAAAGACUGGGAUACAGCAGGGAAGGAAGAAACAAAAUAAAUAAUCCUAAUUUAAAUCUUAAAUUAACUAAGAGAAUGCCUGUUAGUUCUAACAGUGUAGAUUAGGUACCAUAGUUAAGCUUAAGGGUCCGGGUGACUGAAUGGCACAAAACCUGGAGUCUUAUAUCUAGUUCUUCAUAGUAAAAAAACAACAACAACAACAUUCUACUUAAACAUGAAAAUGUCACAGAUCACUAAUAACAUUGACUACAAUGAGGUGUGUUUUAAGUCAGUGACAAAAAAAACUCUACCAGAAGAAACAUAUGGUAAGGAUUUUGCUGGGUGCAGAAAGGAUACAAAAUUCCUAACUUAGCUGUUUUAUAGGGAGAAUAUAAAUUUACAAAACAAAGCUGUUUUACCAGACAUCCGUAAAGCAUCCAAAAAAAAAGAGUCAGGGUUUCAGAAUCAGACCUGAUCAAACCCAGUUCUAGAGGGUACAGCGCUUGCCUAGCAAUGGAUUCUGGGAAGUUUAUUCCUUAUCCAGAAAGACUAGGUAGGGGGUCAUCCCAGACAGAAUCUCUCCAAAGUGCUGGGAAUCCCACAUCAUAGAGCCAGCCCACAUCAGGGGAACACUGUCCUGGGUUCAGAUUUACCUGAGGGGGGCUUCCUUAGCCACCCAAGAUGAGGUAGACUUGGCAAGGUUUCUAGAAAUGUUGAUAAUUUUUCUGUUUAUUCUUGGUUAUUAAAUACCCUAUGCAUUUGUUUGAGGGACAACAAAAUGCCCUAUGUAUUUUUUUUUUUUGAGAGGCUGUGGGGCUAGAGAGAUGGCUCAGUGGUUAAGAGCACUAGCUGCUCUUUCAAAUGGACCAGGGUUCAAUUUCCAGCACCCACAUGGCAGCUCACAACUGUCUAUAAGUCCAGUUCCAGUAAAUAGGACAGCCUCGCAGAUACAUGGACAUAAAUAAAAAUAACAAAAUUUUUAAAUGGAUAGGCUGAGGAGACUACGUCCUAACCAUUAGCGAUCCUUGAAGAGACAAAACAUACUAAAGUGAAGUGAGUUCAGAUCUUGGGCAAAGGUUAAUCUGCUGAACCUGCUGUGAGACCUUGAUCAGUGCAGUGGUGUCACCUUCACCAGCCGGUUCCCACAACCCACCAAAACUGACUGUGCACCUGCUGUCCAGGUGUGCGUGCAGUCCAGCCAAUGACUUCAAAUCAGCUGUGGAGGGAGUUUUUGCACCAUGCAAAUUGGCAAAUUCUACACAGAAGACUUGACCAAAUCCAACAUGGCAAGCAUUAAAUCCUGUGGGAUCCAUUCAAGUAAACUCUUUCUUGAAACCUAUUUUCUCCAUUGUUGGUAUUUUGUGUGGCUGACAAAAUGGCCCUGGUUGGUAAUGAGACAAACCUUUACGAUCCAUAAAAAAUCACUUUGAUCUUCCAGGACCAGCCAAAAUAUCAUCGCCAUUAACCCAUGUUUGUACUGUUCUGGUCCCCCCUCCCUGGGCUUUUGAGACAGGGUUUCUUAUGUAGUCCUGGCUGUCCUGGACUCAUGCUGUAAAACAGGCUGGCCUCAAACACACAGAGAGCUGCCUGCCUCUCCCUCCCAUGCCCAGCUGUUUUGGUUUCUAGAACCUUUUUUAUUUUAAGAAGUUUAAAACCAGAACUUUUUGUUGAAAGCUGGAAGUUUUUCUGGGUCUAAUAGUACACACCUGUAAUCCUAGCUCUUGGGAAGCUGUAAAAAGAAGAUCAUGAGUUCAAACCUGCAGUAUAUAGCAAAAUCCUGUCUUAAGAAUAGAAGAAAGAGGGGAAGGAAAGAAGGGAGAGGAAAAGAAAUAACAACAACAAAAAUACAAUGCAUAACCUUGCAUUCUGUUAAACUUCUUGCUUGUGCAAACCUCCCCCUGCAGGCACUGAGAGAGAUACCAGGAGGUGGUUUUUGCUUUUAAAAAGCUCCUUGGUAUAAAUGCUCAAGGCUACACUUGGGUCUCCAAAUACCUUAGGGCAGUACCAACCAGCUGGAGUAAAGACUUUCAGUUGGCUAUAAACUGUGUCUGUGUGGUCAUCUCUGGUGGGCUUCCUGUAACACAUGCAUCUAGCACCUCAAUCUCAGCACUCUGCUGCUUUCAUCCUCUCCCUGGAGGGAUACACAGGGUCCCUUGCUAGGCAUCUCUCAGCCAUCUUCUGCACUCCCACCCCACACCAACUCCUAUCACUAGCCAAGAACCAGCGAGAAGAUGCCUCCCUGUGUAAACUCUUACCCAGCACAUAAGAGGAAGGUGUCUAAGGCUGUGAUCAUAUCAGAACUUUCAAAAUCAUGCUGCAGAGCCCAUGCCAAAAACGCUUCAUCAACAUUCUUCCACUGAGGGAGAUGGGUGCAAGUUCUCAGAGGCGGGAUUCAAGAGGAACAGUGAGACAGACAUUUGGGAGCAUGGAGUUUUUUAGAAGCGUUAUUUGCCAUGGACAGAAGCAGACUGGUAGGAGCUCUGAGGACUCUGCUCAGAAGGCGGAAGCGAGGAUUCCUCCCUGGGUCUCUGAAGGAAGGAGAGGUGUUCACAACAUGGAGCAGUCAGGGUCUCUGACUUCCCAGCAGGCAUCAGGGAAGGGGGAGGAGGAGCAGGAUUUGUGGGCAUCCACGGCCUUUUGAUGUGCUGGAGCCUGCAGAUUUCCCCAGGUGAGAAAUCUGGGCACCUGGGAGUCUAUGAGCUAGCGAGCCACAGACGGUGCUCUCAGUCAGGUACCUGUCAGUGUCUGUAGGUAGGGAAAGGGCUGCUGCAGAGCAUGUGGCUUGUGCAGCAAUCUGAUCUUGACUCUAAGGAGAUCUCUCUGGAUGUUUUCUUGACUUCUGUCCCAGAAACCUAGGAUGGCUUUCUGGGAUUCUGUGUUCCCCACACUACUUGUCUGUGCAUGGACCAAUUCUCCUACCCAUUCAUUCUCAAGCAGCAUCUACCCUUCCCCCAACACUGGGCAGGGCCCUGGGACCAGCCAAAGGCCCCGAGCACCUAUAGGUGUUGUAGCAGCCCAGCCCAGUCUUGCACAGUCAUCCCACCUUCAGGGGAGCUCCCUGCUACAAGAAAGCUUUUUUUAAGAGCGCCUGGUGGGAGGUGACUUUAUCACAGUCCAAGUGAGGCUGCCUGGUGCUCACUCGUCCUCCGGAGUCAGGCACUUUUAUCCAAGCAAAGCACUCAAUCCUGGCACUCAACCAUGAUGAAGACAGGCCUCCAGCGGGUGGCAAGACUUGUUCACAACAAUGCUCUCCCCAGAAACCUUCAAAUCCUGCCGGGACUCCAACAGGCCUCAGCGUGUGGAUCCUCAACAGAUUCCCUGGUUGCAAGAUUCUGCCCAAAGAAGUCAGAUUUGAAGGAUUAUGCCCUUCCCAAUGCCACCUGGUGUCCAGAUAUGCUGAGCCUCUACCAGGAAUUUCUGGAGAAAUCCAAGUCAGGCAGCUGGAUUAAACUACCCUCCUUCAAAUCCAACAGAGAGCAUAUCCAAGGGCUUAAGCUCCCGUCGGGGCUGGUAGCUGCCUCAGACAAGCAGGACUGGCGUAUCUUCACCCGAUGCAUCCAACUGGAAGGACAAGGCUUUGAAUAUGUCAUCUUUUUCCACCCAUUUGAGAAGAAGUCAGUCUGUCUUUUCCAGCCAGGCCCCUACCUGGAGGGGCCACCAGGGUUUGCCCAUGGAGGAUCGCUGGUAGCCAUGAUGGAUGAGACAUUUUCUAAAACCGCCUAUCUGGCUGGAGAAGGAUUAUUCACACUAAGUCUUAACAUCAGGUUCAAAAACUUGAUCCCCGUGGGCUCUCUGGCUGUCCUGGACAUUCAAGUAGAAAAGAUUGAGGACCAGAAGCUUUACAUGUCCUGCAUCGCCCAGAGCAGAGACAAACAGACAGUCUAUGCCAAAUCCUCUGGUGUUUUUCUUCAGCUGCAGCUGGAAGAAGAGUCAUCCCAGGAGCAAUGACCAGCAGAGUCGACCAUGGUGACUUAGCCUCCCCAGGACCACCACACAACAGAAAAGAGUCCCCAGGAAUCAGGUGGCAGAUGAGGGAGAAGGCAUUUGUACCACCCCAUAAUCAGCCCAAGAACCUUCUGUAAUUGGAAUCAAAAUUGUCCAUGGGUCAGAGAUGACUCAGCAAAGAACACUAGCUGUUCUUUGAUGCCCAGUAUCAACAUGGUGGUUCACAACCAUCUGUCACCCUGUUCCAGGGGAUUCAAUGCACUCUUCUGGCCUCCAUGGAUUAGCAGACAUGCAUGCAGUGCCUUACAUGCAAACCAAACACCCACACACAUAGAAUAAAUUAACUUUUAAACUCU